GAUAUGACGACAACCUGCGCUAGAAAAUGACAUGGGCAUGCACUUUUCAGAAAUUUUUGACAGUGGGAUGUUUAAUAUUUAUCGAGUUUGAUAGUAACGCUGGAUAGAGAGGACCAAAGCAUUCGUCGGAUACAUCUCGGCUAAAAAUUUAAUUUACAACAUUUGUUAAUAUUGUUUCAUGGCGAAACAACUGGCGGAGUUAAAUGUGAACCUGGCUUAUGAAGAUAUCUUAGUGCAGGCCGUGCUGGUCUUGUGGCUAGCAGUGCCCAUCUCCAUGAAACUGGGAUGCCGUCUCUUCCCGGAGUGGCAGUCCAGUGGACUUGAUCCGAACAGUGUGACGGACAUUGAUCCCGUCCUGGAGAUAUUCGGAUUUAAUACUGACGAUUGCAUCUGGGAUCGUAUGGUACAGCCCUGGACCCAGUCAGUCCACCUUGCUUAUGGAAGCCACAGUCCGGCCGGUAGCCGGCGCACCGUCGGCUAUCUGGCGGCGUACAUGCUGUGGUGCUGUACGAUCAUUUUGGGCGUUUCCCUCGUCGGUGGAUUAUUAGUUAACCGCCACCGACCGAUUUCUUCCAUGUCUGCGGAUGUCGGAUAA